AUGCAGUUUUAUUUAGUUCUCCUGUUCUGUGGUUGUUUUUCUCGCGUUUGUGGUAGUGAGCAUCGUAGGCAGGAUGAGGCAAACCAGGUCUUGUUGCAAGAAUUACAUUCUCGUGUAUUGGAGAUGGAAAUCGUUAUUAAAAAUCAGAACCAGAUAAUUCAGGACCAGAACUACAGAAUCGCAAAACUUGAAAAACUAACUAUGAUUGGGAGUUCUCAUGGUGAAUUUGUGGAAAAUUCUAACUUAGUGGUUGAAACAACUGACAGAGGAAUGUCUAAGCUGGCUGAUCCAAUGCGGGGGUCAAAUCAAACAGUCCAUGGAUUAGUUCUGGAAAAGGUUCGUUUGCCUGGCAGAAAACCUCAACAAGGAAAACAAAGAAUUCGGCGAGGAAUUGAAGCAGGUCAGCCCAUUGCGUUUUAUGCUCACAUGAGUGGCCACUUAAGAUCCCCGGGCGGACACCACACCCUUAUAUUCGACACGGUAAAAACAAAUGAGGGUAAAGGAUACCAUCAUAACAUUGGAGUGUUUAUGGCGCCUGCAUCUGGAACCUAUUUUUUCACUUGGACCAUGUCUCUCGGCGCCUCGGCUUCUCUCUCUACAGAGCUUGUCGUUAACACUGUCCCUCAUGGCUCAAUUUAUAUUCAUACGAGCUCGGACCAGCGUGAUAGCGCCACUGGAAACCUCAUUCUAAGUCUUAACGCAGGGGACGAAGUCUUCAUCCGAACAGGGGAUUCUUUCAGCUCUGCACAAAUCCUAAGUGAUGAAUACAGCAGGACGGAUUUUUCUGGAUUUCUGAUCGAAUAA